UCUAAAUCUGCCCGCCACCUUCAUCCCCCCGACUGGCUCUCUUCAUCAGCCUCUGCCCUCUCUGCUGCCCACCGCUGUUGUUCCGUACUCCUCCCUCAUCGCCUUCCCUUUCUUGUCCACCACCUCCUCCUCAGCCAUCAGGCAAACAUCAUAUUCCUCUUUCGAUUUAUCCUUUUCCAACUUUUCCUCGAAUGAUUUGGCAGACCUGGAGAGCAUGCUGCUCUGGACCUUCCACGAGCCCAGCACCAUUGCUUUGACUGUAAUGUACAGCCUGUCAUUCAUUUUGGGAUUCGUUGGCAAUUUGAUGUCCCUUCGAGUCCUCACCAGCCGGCGCAGUCGGCAGCUAGCUGGCGUGAGUGCUACACGCAGUCUCCUAGUGAACUUGGCGGUGUGCGACCUGGCUGUGGUGUGCGUGUGCAUGCCCAUCACCUUGGGAAGCCAGAUCUACACCGCCUGGGUGUACGGUGACCUCUUGUGUCGAGCGGUGCCCUUCACGCAGGCUGUCUCGGUCUCGGCCAGUGUGUUAACGCUGACGGUGAUCAGCGUCAACCGUUACUACAGCGUUCGAUCGCCGCUCCGAGCUCGUACCAUGUUCACCCGCCGCCGGAUAUUGGCAACUGUUGCUGUGGUGUGGACGGUGUCCUCGAUGAUGUGCGCUCCCAUCGCAGUGAUGAACCGGCGUCGAGAGAUCAGCUUUGAGACUUUCACCAUCUUGGUCUGUCAGGAGGAGUGGCCUCAGCAUCGUCUCAAACAGGGAUACAACGUGCUGCUGUUUGUGAUGCUCUACUGUUUGCCAGUGACCUUUAACCUCACCAUAGGAUUCCUCACGGGCAGGCGGCUUUGGGGAGGAAAGAAAUCCACUUUCGCUGAUCUCGAUCCUCGAAGCCAAGCUCUUCACACCUCACGCCUUAAGAUGCGUCAGAAGAUUGCCAAGAUGGUGGUGUGUCUAGUGCUUCUAUUUGCAGUGUCCUGGCUGCCGCUCUACUUGGCUGACCUUUGGAUUGACUGCGAGCAAAGGCCAUCGUCUUGGCUCCUGCAGACAAGACCGUUUGCCCAGUGGCUAGGCCUGACAAACUCCAGCCUUAACCCGAUCUGCUACUGUUUCAUCGGAGACCUGUACCGCUCAGCAAAGGUCAUACGGACACGAUACUACCAAAAGGUUGCCGCUCUUUUCAACUCCUCGUCAUUCUCCAGCUCAGUUACAGUGGUGCCUCCUGCAUCAGGGAUAACAGACAGCAAAGUGUCAUCUGCUGAGCGCCGCCCUAUCGCUGCUGCCGUGGCGGCGUCUGCGUCCAUGGUUACAAUACCGAGGCUCUUGAACUUGGCAAGAGUCCAGGGCCUGGGGCAGAAGGUCAGAGACAGUUCAGACAGCCGAGCGGGCUCCGACCACAGCAUCUCAGACUGGUGUCGGUCCAGUCCCAGCGUGUGCGACAGCUCCUUGUUACCCUGCCAGCUCCACGGCCUCCAGCACACCAUACAAAAAGCAGACUUCCUGCCGACACGGAGACACUCUCUAAAUGAGAAAGCUGGACCGUUACCUUUAGGAAUCAGUCCUGUGGAAAUAGACGUGCUACCUCCGAGGAGGCAUUCGGGGGAUAGAGUGUAUAGUCUGUCAGCUGAUAAGAGAGACAUCAUUACUUUGGGCAAAGCUGCUUUCUGUUAUGCUGGGCAGCACAGGAGCAAAACACCACAAACCUACUCUCUGGUUGGGGACACGGAGGAUGAAAUAACGGAUAUGACCAGCCUAUGAAAACUGCAGUUUAUCUGAUGUAUCAGCCGGGAGGAAUUGCCUCCUUUUCUCCUGCAGGCAGUAUAAACACGCACACCGCUCCCGAGUUAAGGUUUGCAGUUGACAUUGUAGAAUAAUCCAUGGUAAGAGUCAGUGGUUGCUUUUAGGAUAAAGUGACCUGCUCUGUACUCUCUUCUUCUUUUCAUGUGUAGAAGCCUCUCCGUGUCAUCUGUAGCACAUGAGACCCAAGAGUUGAAUUUGAAACAAUAAGUUCUUUUAUUUUUUUAAAGCAUGUGGAGACAGGAGCAAUGGACUGAUCAACGUAAGGCAACAGCCAGAGAUUUAUUUAGCCCGGGGUGAGAAAACUAGUUAUCAUUAAGAAGGAUAAAUUAUGGAGCGUGCCAUUACAUGCAAGUGAUAUCAUAGUUACAACAGCUUCUAUCAUUUGCCUAAGACAAUAACGCAGCAGGAGGUAAAGUGUCAUGUGUCGCUGCUUUUCUUUGUUUUUCAUUGUUUUUGCUAAUGGCUUUGAUUGUAUUUUGUGCUCACGGGUCAUGUGGGAGCAAACUGUAUUAUACACAGACUGUCUGCGAGAGUUUCUGACAGGUCUUCACUGAAUAAUGUUACCAUUAAUGUCUGUUUUGCAAUGUUAAAUCAAGUCGAGAAAGAUUUCAGGAAGGAGGAGCCACAUACAUUAAAGCUCUUUUUAUCUAAUUCAGCGUGAAUCUUGGGAAGUAUUAUUAAACAUGAACUUUUGCAAAGGGCAUUGCUCUGCACACGUUUUUGCUUCAUGCAUUUACAUAACUAAG